AUGAAGAAAAGGCUGACUAAGCUAUCAGAUUCCGAGGAUAAAGAUCUCGAUGUCGAGGAGGAUAGCGAUGAAGAUCUUAAUGAUUUCUGCGAGGACGACUUGUGUGGCGUCUGCAUGAAGCCUGGCAAGUUGAUUGUCUGUGAUGGUGGAGAGGUGUGUACGGGUUGUGGAAAAGCCUUUCAUGUCAUAUGCAUCCGUCGCAAAGCCGUUCCGGAAGGGGACUGGAUCUGUCGAGCUUGUUCCAACAAAGCUGGAAUCUCUGUUGGUAUCGAAGGUCAUGAGUUUGCUGCUACUGCUACUGCCCGUUCCACAACACCAGUCCGUGCCACUGCCACAGCUUCCACCUCCAGUGCCGGCAUUGAGAUUGUGCAUAUGACCACACCCUAUGAAAAGAAAACGAUCAUGGUUAAGGGGAAGAAAGGAAAACGAGUGCCAGGCCGAAUCUAUGCCAUGGAUCGUCCCGACUCUUUCCGGCAGCAGAUGGGAGCAAUCCCACGUACGAAGGUGGACUUGCUCCAGAAGUAUGUGGAGGGUGCUCAACGAAUGGCAACACCAAUCUUGAAGUCUGAUUCAUUCGAUGAAGAGAAUACAUCCGGAAGCUACACAAUUGCUCGUUCAAAUGAAUCAGAUUGGCCUGAUGUCAUGCAUAUGGCUGCGAGCUAUCGAGAACAGGCGGCCAAUGGAGACGGGCAGAACUCAACUGGCGACAUUCUUCCGACUCCUGAAUUUCAUUUCUUUGUCCACUCCAGAUAUCAGCAAGAAAAGCUAGAAAAAGUGCUUCGUGAGGGUAGCUACAAGGUUAUCACCCACAAUGAUUACAGCACUUUCAAGGCCUCAUAUGCCUCAGGAGUGACAAGAACCAAGGAGCAAGAAUUCAUGGAUGACGCCUCGGAGUAG